GUUCAGUUCUCAACACGCGCAACUCACCAACUCAGCAUACAGCUGUUGUUUACUUUUAUUUUUCUGGUUGUAUUUUCCAAGUGCGUUGGGUAAAAGUAAAUCUUUCUGCGUACUUAUAGAAAGUAUUUACACCCAAAUUUUUUCCCAAUCUGAUGCGUGUACACUUGAAAAAGGAUUCACCAUUGAAAACUUUAUUUGAUUUUUAUUUCAGAGGUGAAUUUUGAAAUCAAAAUGACAACUAUAGCGAAUUUGGUACCAAGAGUGAUACAGCCAAUUACUGCUUGUUUAAAAAAACCUGAGAGCAGCAAAACUUCUGAAGAAGAAAAAAGUGGUACUGGUGAACCAACGACAGAAGAGAAUAAUUUAAAAAGUAUGGAAUCUGAAGCACCACAGUCUGGUUUGAUUUGGCGAGUGUCAUCAGGACUGUUCAGCCUUGGGUCUGGAGCAGUUGGACUGGGUGUCGGAUCAGUAAAAUGGGCUGCGUCUACAACCUACACUGUUGGUACUGGCGUGGUAUCUGCUACACAAUCGGUUGUGGGCAAAGUUAUCCCAUCAACAUCACCUAAACCAAAAAAGGAGUAGAUGGUUUAUUUUACUAAUUUCAAUGCAAAAUUAUUUUUGAAUGAAUUGCAGAAUUAUCAGUAACGUGUAUGAUAAAUGUAUUUUCUGUGGAUCUUGCGUUAUGUUUUUAACAAUCCAAAAUUAAGUGUCAUUUGCGAAGUUUUUUUUUUAAACUAAGCAUUUAUUUUGCCAUGCUAUUUACAUUUGUCUUUAGUCUUGAUGCAUUUGUAAUAAAUUUUUGCUAUGAUGUUUUGAAAAAGCAUUUUUGCCUGAAAUGUUGAAAUGCUGCUUUUAUUGCAUGCAUAUACAUUAUUUUAUGUGGUGGAGUUUCAAUAUAAUGCCACCUGUUUUAGUGAUAUACUAUUUCAAUUCAAAAACAAGGACCAAAUUUUUAAAUGGUGAAAAAGAUACCAAGAACAAAACUAUUGUUAACAGCUUUUCUUUAAAUUAUACACUAUGCAUCAUAAAUGAUUGGAAGUGAAACAUGAAACUUUUUUUUCCUCGUAAUUUUAAGCUGAUGAAUUAAAAAAUGAAUUAUUUUAAAAUUUACUUUUAUUUUCUGUUUUUCACAAAACUUUUUAUUUUUUAGCAUCAGUGUUUUUGCCAAUCUAUUGUUUCUGAUGUGUAAUAAAAAGGCUUCGAACUGGAACUGAACUGUAAACUUGAACAAAACAUUAUUUUGGUCAGAACAAGCUUCUGAAUCGACCCCCAAAAACUUUUUGGUUUGA